CCGCCGCGCGUCUGUCUCGCUCUCUCUCUCUCUUUCGCCCUCUCGCGCGAGCGGCGCGUGUGUGCGUGUAUGUGUGAGUGUGUGUUUGCGGUAGCGCGCGCGUAAAGCUCUCGCCACCAGCGCCGCGCCGCAAGAGAGGCCGCUCCGCCGCCGCCGCUGCCGCGGGCGAGGCGUGAAUGGGCCUGGCUGCCCCGGCCGCCCGGCCGCCCCGUUGACAAUUACAAACGAGCUGCCCAGCCCUACGACAGUGAUCCUGCCUUCGAAGCUGCCUAGUGGUACGUCGGUGACUGUGCCUUGGACUCGUGUUGCUGGGCAUUCCAGCGUGCGCCAGCGGCCGGCCGCCUGUCGGUGCAGUGAGCGCCCUUCGCCGCGAGCUCGCCGCGCCGCCGCGCCGCGGCGGUCGCGCCCGUGGGCGCGGGGGAGCGCGGCGCCGGGCAGGGCGCUGAGGCGGGGCCGGGGCGGGAGGGCGCGGAGGCGGACGGCGGCGUGCGGCGGCGCGGCGGCUCAGGCGGCGUGCGGCGGCGCGCUCGGGGUAGAACGAGUACGCGCCGCCGCCGCCCUCGCCACCCAGCAGCCCCCGUACGCGCCCCGCAGCGCCCACGCCGCAGCCACGGCCGCCCCGCCGCCCCCCGCCGACUGCGUCUACUACGACUGGCUGCCGCCGCCCGCCUACUCCGCCGCCUCCGCCGCCGCCGCCACGCCCAUGAAGGAGAUGGAAGGAACAAUGAAUAAGAACGCGAUCACUGAGAAACGCCAUAUUACAGUAGUUCGUCCGCUGCGUGUAAUUAAACCGCAGUUGGCGGACGACCCAAUGAAGACAUUCCGCAUUACAUUACAAGAAUCUCAGAACCAUAAAGACAAGACGUAUUGUGAGGACGACAAUUACUGUGAAGGUGAUAAUGAUUGUGAAUGGGAUGUUUAUUGUGAAGAUGAUUGUAGUGAAAACUAUGGUUAUUCUGAAAGUGACGAUAACCCUGAGGGUGAUGAUUCUGAAGGCGAAGAUAAUCAUGAAGGCGGGCCCAGCGCCCGCCGCUCGCGACAGGCAAGGGCACCG